UUACUUUUGCCUUUCUGGGGUUAUCUUAUGAUGAGGCUUUUGCUAUGGCUAAUGACCCCUUGGAAGGCUUCCAUGAAGUAAACCUUGCUUCACCUACUUCUCCGGACCUUCUUGGCGUAUAUGAACCGGGAGCUCAAGAGCAGUCUACCUCACCAAGUGUCAUCUACAGACCACAUCCUUCAGCUUUAUGCUCGGCCCCUGUCCAGGCGAAUGCCCUAGAUGUUUCUGACCUUCCCACUCAACCUGUAUAUUCAUCCCCCAGACAUUUAAAUUGUACGGAAAUAUCUGGUAUAAGCAUCCAUGUUACAGAUCCAGCAGCUUGUUCUACCUCUGGAGUUACAGCAGGGCUAACUAAAGUAACUACGCGAAAGGACAAUUGUAAUGCAGAGAGGGAGUUUCUACAGGGUGCUACUGUACCAGAGGCUUGUGAUGGCAGUGAUGAUAUUUUUGGGUUGAGUACUGAUAGUCUGUCUCGUUUACGAAGUCCAUCUGUUUUGGAAGUCAGAGAAAAGGGCUAUGAAAGAUUAAAAGAAGAACUUGCAAAAGCUCAAAGGGAACUGAAGUUAAAAGAUGAAGAGUGUGAGAGGCUUUCUAAAGUGCGAGAUCAACUUGGACAGGAGCUGGAGGAGCUCACAGCUAGUCUGUUUGAGGAAGCUCAUAAGAUGGUGAGAGAAGCAAAUGUCAAGCAAGCAACAGCAGAGAAACAGCUAAAAGAGGCACAAGGAAAGAUCGAUGUACUUCAAGCUGAAGUUGCUGCAUUGAAGGCCCUUGUAUUGUCCAGUUCUCCAACAUCACCCACACAGGAGCCUCUGCCAGGUGGAAAGACACCUUUCAGAAAGGGGCACACGAGGAAUAAAAGCACGAGCAGUGCAAUGGGCGGCAGCCAUCAGGACCUCAGUGUGAUACAGCCCCUCGUAAAAGACUGCAAAGAGGCUGACUUAUCUCUCUAUAAUGAAUUCAGAUCUUGGAAGGAUGAACCCACAAUGGACAGAACAUGUCCUUUCUUAGACAAAAUCUAUCAGGAAGAUAUCUUUCCAUGUUUAACGUUCUCAAAAAGUGAGUUGGCUUCAGCUGUCCUGGAGGCUGUGGAAAACAAUACUCUAAGCAUUGAACCAGUGGGAUUACAACCUAUUAGAUUUGUGAAAGCUUCUGCAGUUGAAUGUGGAGGACCAAAAAAAUGUGCACUUACUGGCCAGAGUAAGUCCUGUAAACACAGAAUUAAAUUAGGGGACUCAAGCAACUAUUAUUACAUUUCUCCUUUUUGCAGGUACAGGAUCACUUCUGUGUGUAACUUUUUUACAUACAUUCGAUAUAUUCAGCAGGGACUUGUAAAGCAGCAGGAUGUUGAUCAGAUGUUUUGGGAAGUUAUGCAGUUGAGAAAAGAGAUGUCAUUGGCAAAGCUGGGAUAUUUCAAAGAGGAACUUUGAUUUUCUGCCUGGGACCAUGCAUGAAUCUCCCUGAAUAACUGGAAAAUGGCUGACUAUUUUUGUGGUUACUUGAUAUUUAUUUCUAAGGAGUUGGGCCCAAGACUUUUCCCUCUUUUGCAAAUUACACUGAGUACUGUGAUUAUGCCGUGUUUGCUUAUUCUUUAGUUGAACACACUAUAAAGAAUUACAGUGAUUGUAAUUUAUAGUUGCAAAAAAAAUAAGACAAUAAAUAAAUGUUAGAUUGAGUGUG